UUAUUACAAAUAAUAUUAUAAAACCACCAACGGAACAUAUAUGCACAAUUGAUGGUACAACAGUUGAACUUCGAAAAUUCGACGAACAAAUUGCUUAUCGUGCUCUUCAUACUCAAGAAACACCAGAUAUGAUCAUUACAAAUUGUUACAAAGGCAUGUCUGAUCCAGCAAUCGCUCGUUUACCAUUGCGUGAUCAUAUAAAACGACGAAUAAGAAUGUUGCGUCAAAAUAAUAAUCCUAUAACAGCAGCAAACGAUUCAAAUUUUGCGUCUGUUCCGAUACCAUUAAGUAAAACUGUGCAUCAAGAUCAGUUUUUGCGCUGUGAUACUGGUCCAGGUGAUGAUAGAAUAUUAAUAUUUGCAAGCACUGAACAACUAGAUAUUCUACAAUCCACAGACGAAUUUCUUGUCGAUGGCACAUUCAAAGUAGUCCCUGAAAUAUUCUACCAAUUAUAUAUUAUUCAUGGAGUGUAUCCGGAUCAUGUGGUACCCCUGAUUUAUGCAUUAUUACGUCGAAAAAAUGCAGAAACGUACCAACGUUUAAUUAAUCAAAUAAUUGAGUUCGCGCCACAUUGGUUUCCUCGUUCAAUUAUGCUCGAUUUUGAGCAAGCAUCGGCAUUGGCGUUUCUGGAGCCGAGUCGUGUGAUUAAUGGAUUUGAUGAUUUAUCAAUGGACCUUGGUGACGAUUAUCAAGAAAUACUGGAUUAUUUUGAAGAAACAUAUAUUGGGAGACUGCGACCAAAUCAUACGAGAAGAAGACCAAUGUUUUGUAUUGACUUUUGGAAUAUGUACAACAGGACCACUCAAUCAUCCAUGAGAACAAAUAAUACGGCUGAAGCUUAUCAUCGUCGAAUUGGAUCAGUGUUCCAAUGUAGUCAUCCAACAUUAUGGGUAUUUUUGCAAAAACUAAUCGAUGAAGAAAAUGCUACUCAUGCUGAUAUACUACAAAUAAAUGCUGGACAACC